UACUGACCAUCGUUUAGCUUUUUCACGUGUUACCACCAUUGCCUUUGUCCAUAUAAGUCUAAAACGCUUCUCUGCUCGCCUCCUUACUGUUACGGGUGAUCUGAUCUUCUCCUGCUCUUGAUACAGAGAGCUCUGCUCAUGGCCCAUGAGUACGAAAGAUAGUGACAAAUCUUGUUGAUUGGGAGAUAUGGCAGGACGGCUGGCCUCUCGGACUGGGCACCCUGAAUCCGAGAGCCGGGGCGGUCAUGAGCGUCGGCUCCUCCUCCUCCACCGCGGCCUUCACCCCGUCCCACUGCGUCUCCUCCGUCGCUUCGUCUGAUCUAGACACAGAGUCGGCGUGGUCUUUGCCGCGCGCUGGCGGCGGCGGCGGCGGCAUCACGCUGGCGGCCCUGAUCGGCCUGGUGGACGCCAUGGAGAGCCGGCGCAGCAGGCGCCGGGGCGAGAGUGCGAGCAGGAGCGGCAGGCUGCGGGCGCUGCUGCUCUCGCUCUGCCUCCGGAGCCACCUGGAGAACGGCGGCGGCGCGGCGCCGUCGCUCGGCCAGUUCCUCGAGAUGGAGAGGAGGGCUAGCGGGAGCAGUGGCCAUCUCCACAGGAUGCUCCCGUGGAACCGUGCCUGACGAACCCGUAUCCACGAUGCAACCGACGGAGGGAUAAGAUUUGCAUGUUGUUAUUCUAAAAAAGAAGGAUUUGCAUGUUGUUGCUCAUUUUCUUCUUUUUUGAGGGACAUGUUUUUUUUCAAAUACGCAAAGCUUACCUAUCAUUUAUUGAUAGGUAGAAGCAAA